CGCGUCCCAGCUCUCGAGGCGCCACCCACACAAAUCCCACCACCACCCGCAUGGCCACAUCGGAGUUCGCGCCAGCCCAAUCGUGCGCGCCGCCGCGACCCCGGCCCGAGAAGGGUCAGACCUGGAGCGCGUGCCAGUGCCACACAUGAUCCGCGUCGUCCGGAGGCAUUGCGAUGGUCGCGCCCAAAUACGGGGAGGAACGAAUUCCAUUCCACGGCGUCGAAAGAAAUCCUAGCCGGGGGCCGCGAUGGCGAUGGCGAUGCGGGUGGAAUCCGUGGAGGAGGCGAAGCAGGCCGCCAUCCUGCCCGCAGCGCAGGAGCAGCGCAGGGUGUUCCCUGCGGGGAUGCUCAAGCUGUUCCUGGGGCUCAUGCUGUUCGGCGUGGUGAUGGGGCUGUCAGCGUUCGGCGUGUUCCUGGCGCGGCACGCGGAGGAGAUGGCGGCGGUCGCGCCCGCGCUGUUCCGGCCGUGCCUCGGGGCGGCUGCAGCGGCGGAGCCGGAGCCGGAGGAGGGGCUGGAGCGGUGGACCCGCCCCCCGGCUCGCGCGCAGCACGCGAUGACGGACGAGGAGCUGCUCUGGCUCGCGUCGUACGCGCCGCGAAUGCGCGGCCGGAGCGGGUACCCAUUCCAGCGCGUGCCCAAGGUGGCGUUCAUGUUCCUCACGCACGGCCCGCUGCCGCUGGCGCCGCUCUGGGAGCGCUUCUUCCGGGGGAACGAGGACCGCUACUCCAUCUACGUCCACACGAUGCCUCUAUACCGCGCCAACUUCACCUCCAACUCCGUCUUCUACCGUCGCCAAAUCCCCAGUAAGGCUGUGCAAUGGGGCCAGAUGACUAUGUGUGACGCUGAGAGACGUCUGCUUGCCAACGCUCUACUGGACAUAUCCAACGAGUGGUUCGUGCUAGUGUCCGAGUCAUGCAUUCCCCUCUUCGAUUUCAACACGACCUACGAAUAUUUCCAGAAUUCAAGCCACAGCUUCGUCAUGUCGAUCGAUGAUCCCGGAAGAGACGGGAGAGGGCGGUACAACCUGAACAUGGCGCCCGAGGUCGAGCUCGAGCAGUGGCGCAAAGGCUGGCAGUGGUUCGAAGCAGACAGAGACCUCGCCGUCGCGAUCGUCGAGGACACGGUGUACUAUCCGAAGUUCAAGCAGUUCUGCAGGCCCGGAUGCUACGCCGACGAGCACUACAUCCAGACGAUGCUCAAGAUCGAAGCCCCGCACAAGCUGGCCAACAGGACCGCCACCUGGGUGGACUGGUCGAGAGGGGGUCCCAACUCGGCGCAUCCAGCCACGUUUGGUCGGGGUGACAUCACGGAGGAGUUCUUGAAGGGGGUUCGAGGGGGAGAGACCUGCCUAUACAACGGCCGGAAUACGACGGUGUGCUUCUUGUUUGCUCGGAAGUUCGCUCCGAGCGCGUUGCAGCCAUUGUUAGAGUUAGCACCCACUGUGCUCGGUUUUGGUUAAUGGUCGUUUUGUUUUGAUCGGUGCAUCCUGCUGCUCCUGUAGUUUCUUUGUUAGGUCACUGUGGAUCAUUGCGUGUGUGGAGAUAUUUCGGUGGAAGAAUUGACGCAGCCAUGGACAUUGCUGCCCACCUCCUCCAGGUGAUCAUUUUACAGGGUAUAUAUACUGUAUUACAGCAUGUAUUUUACUUAUAAGGACAUGUUUUAGUAGUUUGUAUGGUGAACCUACAACGGAUCAUAUGACCCUGUAUUUCUUGGUUCCUUCGGAAGAAUAUGGUUCAAAUCUUCAG